ACUCAGUUCAACCAUCGUCUUCAUCACAUAUCACCGCAUGCCGCAUCAGUCGCUCCCUCCAUCUCCCUGUCCUCCAUGGCCUCAGCUCUUCACUCAAAUCUCACCUUUUCCACUUUCCUCUAUCCAAAACCCAAUCUCAAAACCCUAACCAAACCUCCGAACACCACUAUAGCUACAACCAUACGCUGCGGCGGUCCUCGAUCCAACCGCGGUCCUCUCGUCAGAGGCCGUAUCUUAAGUACCGAAGCAAUCCUUGCUGUCCAAUCUCUCAAACGAGCCUAUAAAAAAUCAUCAUCAAACCUCACAGAUCUCCCUGAUCUCUCCCGCCUCAUUAAAUCAGACCUCCUCUCUAUACUCCGCGAGCUCCUCCGGCAAGACCUCUGUCCCCUCGCCAUCCACGUGCUCUCAACGCUCCGAUCUGAAUACUCUGGCCAGAUUGAUUUGGGCCUCUACGCAGACGUAAUCUCUGGUCUCUCUAGGAACAAAUUGUGCGAGCACAUUGACAAGUUAAUUGAGUAUUUGGAGAAAGAUGAGGGUGGGAUUCAGUGGGAGACAGAUAAGGGAUUGUUGAGGGUGAUAAGAGGCGUGGUGGAUGCGGGAAGAAGGGAAUCGGCGGUGAAGAUUUGUGAGAUUUUGAGGAGGAGUGGGUGUGGGGAAACGUGGCCGGCGGAUGAGUAUGUGGUUGGUGUUUUGAGUAAAGGGCUAAGGAGGAUGGGGGAGACGGAGUUGGCGAGUGAGGUUGACGAGAAAUUUGGUGGGAUUUUUAGGGGUGGUGCAUUUGCAUAAAAGGAAAUGAGUGAAAAAUGGUAGUUGUCCUCGAUUCACCAUGAUUGGUGAGAGCUUGGGUUCAACAUAUCUUUCCUGAGAAGCUUAGUGCAAGUUUACUCAUUUGUAUUAUUUUGAUUAUAAUGGUUGUGCUUUCACUUCUCCACUUGCUUAGAUUUUUGGUUGCAAAUUUGUCUUACAUGUAUUAUCCUAUCAUCAGUUUAUAUAUGAUUUCUAUUGUGUACAGCAAUGAUGCCUCAAUUGCCAGGAGGUCAGAGUUUUGUUAUUUUUCUAUGUGACAAUAAGAUUUGUUAGAAUUUGGGAGAUA